AUGGCCGAUGGCGACUCAAGUGAAACCGUGGCCUCUCAACAGAAGGAGGAAAGAGAAGAAAAGCAAAGUGACCUGAGUUCGUCGGAUAGUUCAGAAUCCGAAUAUGACUCCGACGACGCAUCGGAAGGUGAAUACGAAGAGGAAGAACCACUCAUUUAUACUCGACGGACAGAGGAGCUGACGGAGACGGACAACAAUGAGGAAACGAACGUUAGACGGCUUAGUCAAGCCCUCGGCGGAAAGCUCGUGAAGAAGAUGCAAGAAGAGGAGGAAGAGACCGUUGUGUAUCAUGAAGACCUCUAUGAUUUUCCCAAAGACCCUGAGAAUUGGACUGAGGAGGACCUGCAGGAGCUUUGGAUGGAUGCUCCAUUGGAAAUGGAAAAGCCUGGUUGGGACCCAAUUUGGGCUGACGAGAAGGAUUGGGAGGUAAUGAGGGACGAGGUUGAGGCUGGGAAAGAUCCUCCGAUAGCGCCAUUCUACGUCCCUUAUCGGAAGCCAUACCCUGUAAUUCCAGAUAACCAUUUUGAUAUACCAAAUGCAAAAUCAGUGAUUGAAGAAUUGGAUAGAAUUGAGGAAUUUCUCAAAUGGGUCGGCUACAUUUUUCCUGAUGGAAGCUCGUAUGAAGGAACUGUUUGGGAUGAUUUGGCUCAUGGUAAAGGUGUUUACGUUGCUGAACUGGGGCUGGUCAGGUAUGAAGGUGAAUGGGUUCGGAACAAUAUGGAGGGUCAUGGGGUGGUUGAGGUUGAUAUUCCUGACAUAGAACCUGUGCCUGGUUCCAAGCUUGAGAAAAAGAUGCGUGCGGAAGGAAAAAUAAUCUCGAGAGAUUAUAUGACUCCAGAAGACAAAAAUUGGCUGGAAAUGGAUAUUGAAGAUAGUAUCCAUCUGGCUGGAGGAAAUUAUGAAAUUCCUUUUUACGAGAGAAAGGAAUGGAUCAAAUAUUUUGGAGGGAAACCGGAGAAAGGUCGGUACCGCUAUGCUGGUGAAUGGAAGCACGGCAGGAUGCAUGGAUGUGGAGUGUAUGAAGUUAACGAACGUCCAAUAUGGGGCAGGUUCUAUUUUGGGGAGCUGUUGUAUGAUUCUACUGGAUGUGAUGAGGACACUUCAGCGCUUCAUGCAAGCUUAGCAGAAGUUGCUGCAGCAAAGGCCCGAAUGUUUGUCAACAAACCUGAUGGAAUGAUUAGAGAAGAGAGAGGUCCAUAUGGUGAUCCUCAGCAUCCCUAUUUCUAUGAGGAAGAAGAUACAUGGAUGGCGCCAGGUUUCAUCAAUCAGUUUUACGAAGUACCUGACUACUGGAAAACGUACGUGCACGAGGUAGAUGAGGAGAGAGAAAUGUGGUUAAAUUCCUUUUAUAAAGCUCCGCUGAGAUUACCAAUGCCUGCAGAACUUGAAUACUGGUGGGCACAAGAUCAUACUCCCGAGUUCGUUCUCGUCAACAAGGAACCAGAGCCUGAUCCUGAAGAUCCAUCAAAGCUUGUAUAUACUGAAGAUCCUCUCAUCCUACACACACCAACAGGACGGUUAAUCAAUUAUGUUGAGGAUGAGGAGCAUGGGGUUCGCAUGUUUUGGCAGCCACAGGUGGAAGAAGAGGAAGAUGUAGACCCGGAGAAGGUCGAGUUCUUACCACUUGGCUUUGAUGAGUUUUAUGGGACAAAGACACCUGAAAAGAAGGAAAACAUUUUGAUGCGGCUAAUAUCCACCCUGGAAAAUGGAUUGAAACCGAAGCUCGAAAAAUUUGGAAAAUGGGCUGAAGAGAAAAAGAAAGAGAGUGAGUUGAAGAAGCAACUAAUUGAAAAGGAACUCGAACUGAUAGAAGCUGAAAUUUGUUUGGAAGAGGCCAUAGAGGAUAUGGAUGAGAUGCUGAAAACGAAAGAGAAAGAGGAAUCAACCAACCAAGAUAAAAAGGCUUCGGUCGAAGAGGAAGGUGAAGACGAUGAAGACGACGAUGACAAUGACGUGGAUGAUUCUCCACCGUCCAGUUUUGAUGCGCCACCUUCCAGUUUUGGCUCUGUUUCAGCUGAUCAGAAGCCAAGCAAGCCACGAGAUUCACCCUUUUCUACAGCUUCACUGCAUUUUGCUUCUAGUACUCUUGUUUCUGGGGUACCAUCCAGACUGAUUCAAUCCAUUUUGCCCUGGACCAAGGGUAGAUCGACGUUAAAGGCGCCACCGCCGUCCUCACGUGAUGACCGCCACUAUUGCUCGGAAUCUUUUCAUUCAGUCUGUUUUCCAAGGAUGCCAAGCUCAAGGGGAAGCUUGAAGGCCAUUGUACCAUCAAAAUUGCAGAACAAAUCCAGAAUCCACCCAAUUCAAAUGAAAUUGCAGCUGCAGCUGCAGCUGCGUUCAAGACCUGAAAUUCAUUCAUGCCACCACUUAGUUUCGUUAAAUCCCAACGAGUUUCCGAUGUGUAACGGUCAGUUCUCCGAAACAGGAGGGAUUAAACACAGCAUACUGUCUUGGCACACACCAUUAGAUGAGUUGGAAUCAUAUAUAGAUACUACCAAAAGAUAGGCUUUUGUUUAACUUUUUCUUUACUUGAUUUCAGAGAUAAAUUUUGCAAGAACUACAUUGGAUUAGUUGUAUUUCUUUAAACGUACAUCACAUAGCGAUGAAAUGGGUUUCAGGCCGCUUUUAAGAUUAA